CGUGAUUUUAAUGAGGAAUUCUUGCCCGGAAAUCAUGUGUUACCAAGAAAAAGCACAAUGGCUUAGCCUUUUGGAAUUAUGCCAACGUAAUCAGGAAGACUGUUGGUGUGCCAACCGGUGGUCUCAGUGGACGCUGCAGGACUGCUGCCGUCUCGAACACAAAGUGGCACAGUGCAGUCGGAUUGGCUAUCUGUCCAAUUCUCGCCCAGCAUCAACAGCAACCAGACAGAGUUGUGAAUUGUAGUGUCGCGGCCCCGUCGGUGCUGGCCGUCGUCGAAGCUGCAGGGUUUGCUUCAGCGAGCAGAAGUCAAAACAAGAAUGAUCUCCACCACGUCCGUCGGGCCAAGGUCGGCGACGCAGCGCAAACGCCAAAGAUUGGAUCAGCUGGUCGGCAGAAUUGCUCACUUGGUCGGCAGUGCUCCCAUUGGUAGGAUCACGAGUAGCGCUAAUAGUAGUGGUUGUGGUGGUCCGGUCGGAAGGAACAAGAACCGCAACGGCCACAACAACAACAACAACGGCAUUCGUAACAGUAGCUUACGCAACAACAACAACAACAGUGGUGAGGGCGAGGUCGAGAACAUCGACCAGCGUGGUGGACGCAUUUGCGUCAGUCUCUCCGAAGAAGAAGAAGAAGAAGAAGACGACGACGACGACGACGACGACGAAGAAGAAGAAGAAGAACACGAGGACGAAGAAGAGGAGGACGAAGAAGACGAAGGAUUGCCCGUCUCCGUCAGCAUGGAGUCUUCCGUUGGCAGUGGCGAGUCUCCUUCUCCUCAGCAACAAGCUUUGAUGUCGCGUCUGCGAGUGCGGGGCAAUCUCCGGCACAUCCACCAUCAGCACCUGCAUCCGCACCAGCACAGCGGGGGUCAAGUGUUCAGCUUCGACCACGUCGUGCCAUCAGUCAUGUCGGCGGCCAUCUGCUCGUCUCAGAGGAGCGCCAUCAAGACGCAGAGCGACGAGGAAGGCGAAGAGGAGGUCUUCAGUCCCGGACUGGGCCUGACGCCGUCCUUCUCCGACCGGCUGACGCUCAGUCCGUGCAGCCAGAGCAGCACCACCGUCGACUCGCCCAGUGGCAUCUCUUUCAGCCCGCUGAGCUUCGCAGCCGAACCGCCGACCAACGACGACCCGUCGGCGGCGGCCGCCAACGCGUUUAGCCGCACUCGAUCGCUCACGGCGUCGGAAGCGACGCCCCUCAACUUGUCGACGUGCGGAGUCAGGGAUCGAGGGCAGAAUCACCAUUUCUACCAGGCCGUCACUCCGCCGCACGCGUCCAGCUCGCCGUUUCAUCAUUCCAUUAGCGGCCUGGUGGGUCAACCUCUGCGUCCGGCAGCCGCCGGCGUUUCUGGCAGCGGCUCUUCGUUGCUGCUGGACGUGGUGGAGCCGUCGAAUCGGAGACGGGCCAGGUCCGAUUCCGACUUGUGUAACGAUACGGCCGAUCGGCUAGCGGCCGGUGCCGAGUCCCUGCAUCAUCACGUGACGACGUCGGCCGCUCCGGCUUCGUGGGUCUUGACGCCGGCCAUGACAGCCGCGUCCCCCCGCCCUCAGUCGGUCAGCGGGAACGGCGGCAAUGCUGGACAUGGCCACCACCAACAGAUGAGCCGGUUGGAGCAUUUGCGCCCUCCGCCGCUGAUGGUCUCGCUCAAGCGCAAUUCUUCCGACUCGACCGACAGCUGGUCGCCGCUUUUCGGACAACAAGAGUCGCCCGUCGACUUGUCGGUCCGUUCCGGCAGCAGCGUCAGCUCAGACAGCCCGAACCAGACGAGUACCAACACGAGCACGGCUUCCGUCUCGUCUUCCGAACUCCUGUCGGCCUUUUCGUCCCCACUUUCCGGCGGACUGGAGACGCCCCCUCCAUCGCAGAUGACGGUGACAUCGUCGCGUCUGGGCAAGUCGCGCGGGUCGCGGCUCAAGGUGUUGACGAGGAGCCUCUCUCUGUCGCAGUAUCUCUCGGCCGAGUAUUUGUCCUCAUCCGUCGACCUGUCCGGACCGGACAGCGAGACCGUCUCGCCCAUCAUGGCCGCUCCUCUUUUGCUGCCGGGCGUCGGCCAUCUUCCGGGCGCAACGACGGCGGCCGCGUUCGGCUGCGACAUUUGCGGCCAAAUUUUCGACCAACACGAUCGACUCGUGAAACAUUUGAUGUCGCGUCACAAGUUGCCCGUUCAGCUGCAGCGGGCAACGCCGACGUUGCUCAAUAAUGGCGGCAGUGGCCCGGCAGCUGCCGGCGCAGCUGGGCCCGGUCCGGUCACCGACUCUGGCGUCGUGGUCAAGGGUUACCAGUGCGACGUUUGCCAAAGGCCGUUUGCCCGCAGCGAUAUGCUGACUCGUCACAUGCGUCUGCACACAGGACUCAAGCCGUACACAUGUCGGAUUUGCGGCCAGGUGUUUUCACGCUCGGACCAUCUCAGCACUCACCAGAGGACGCACACGGGAGAGAAGCCCUACCGCUGCCCGCAGUGCUCCUACGCCGCCUGUCGCCGGGAUAUGAUUACGCGGCAUCUUAGGACGCACACCCGCAGCGAAGAUUUGGACUUGGGCCACGUUUCCGAUCCGCGAUGCAAAGAUUCCGGUUAACACACACACACAUAAAAAAAAAAAUAAAUAAAAUGAAAUAAAAGCCAAACAAAAAAAGAAAAAAAUAAAGAAUAAUAAUAAUAAAAAAAUUAAUAAAAAGAAGAAAGCAAAAAAAAAAAAAAAAAAGAAAAGAGGAGGAAACAAAAACAAUGUAUUCCGGGCGGAAUGACAAAAAACUGUCAUCACCCAGUACACCAUUCCCCGUGUGUGUGUGUGUAACAAUCUGUCAUUGAUCUUUUUUUUUUUUAUGUGUGUGUAUAUCUCUUGCUUAUUUGUGUGUUGCUACACAUCUUCUUGCCCUGUCCCUUAUCCUAUUGGAAAGAAAUGCAGAGACCGGGAUGGAUUGCGGAUGGCCAAAUUCCAAUGCACUCACAAUGUUUUUGUGUCUAAACAGCAAAAGAAGAACAAGGAGGGGAAAAAAACGUCAUGAUGACGAUGUUUUUCUAUCCGUUUUUUUUUUUUUUUUUUGCUUCUUCUUCUUUUCGUUUCUUGUCUUUCUUGCUCUCGUUUCCUUCCUUUUAGCGAAAGAAGGAAGUUUUUAACACAAAAAAAAAAAGCGCAUCCACCCGGAAUUUUCUUGUGAUCCAGGCUACUCGUUGCCCUUCCGCCUCUUUCUUUUUCUCUCCCUGUUUUUUUUUCUUUCUUUGAAAUUUCGACAACAAAAAAAAAAAAAGAUAAGAAGAAAAAGAUGAAAAAAAAAUCUAAAUUAUAAAAACUCUCCAAUUGAAUUUGCUCCAUUCCAUUUCGAUGACUCGGUGACCUGAGUGUUUUCUCUCUUUUUUUUUUUUUUUUUUUUUUUGCCAUUAUUGCUCUGCCUCCUUACCCCGCUGGCCGUGUCUUACAAAUAUCGCCAUUCGCUGAUGGCGGUUCAAUUGUUUCCAUUUUUCUUUU